AUGGAUACUAGUUCUCAAACUAAAGAAACGGUUAGGGAAGAAAGAGAAGAGAAUAUUCCUGACGACAGUGCUUUUGAAUAUAGAAAAGUUACCGUAAAGUUUCAAAUAUCUGAUACUGAAAUGGUAGCACAAGUUUAUCCAAAUUGUCUUACAAUUGCUGAAAUAAAACAAGAUAUUGGAAAAAAAUUUGAAGUUGAUCCAAAAUUUUUAAUUUUAAGGCAGUUUGAAGGUGAAUAUGACGACGAUUAUCGUUUAUAUGAAACAUGUAGCAAUGAGUUCGGUAUCGUUGAGUUUUGUUUGGAGAUUUCCGAUAAAGCAAUUACUGAACACGGAAAAAUCCCUGAACUAAAUUUACAUGUAUAUUAUAGCAAAUUUCGCCUGGCCGAUUUUAUUACCGUCCAUAUACCAGAAGAUGAAACCACAAAUACUAAAAGUAAAGAUAUUCUAGUUGAAAUUCAUAACGAAUCAAUUUUAAAACCUUUUUUGGGAGGUUAUAAGGAUAAGGUAACAGGAAUCGAUUACUUCGACGCUUUUACGCAAACUGGACCACCAGUGGAAAAAAUUAAAACUUCUGGAAUUUACAGCAGAGAUACACAAACAGUACUUGAACAUACAAAAUCCAUUGAUACAAUGAUAGAUAGCUCCACACAAGCUUUUGGCAAUUCAAAUAAUAUAAUUAACGUGGAAAGUGCUAACGAUGUUAUUAUUAUUCCAAGGAAAUAUCAACCACAUGAUGAAAAAAAGAAAAGCGAAAGUAAAUUUGCUAAUAUAGUUUUGAUUCAAAGGAAUUGGAGGCGCUAUUUGUGGCAAAGAUUGAUAAAAGAAGCCGCUGGGGAGUUUCGCCGGUUACAAACCGAACAAGCUCGUAGAGAAGAAACAAGAGGCGAUACGUAUAUUGAUAGAUUUUCAAAUGAAGCAGCAACUAAAACAUUUUCAUCGACAAGAGAAGAUUUUGAAAUGUUAAUGGCACAAGUUGGACGUUGGAAGCAAGCAGAAACUGCCAGAAUAAAGAAAAUGUUUGAUGGUGGCCCUAGAAUUGUCGAAUUAAAUCUAUUAUUAGACAAGGAAAUCGAACUAAUAAAUGGAAUUGAACACCAAAAACAAAUUGCUAAAGAGGCUAAUAAAGAAAUAAAAGAAAAUAAAAUGCUCGAGAAAUUGUCGAAGCCCAUCAAAUGGAUUGGCUACAAAAAUUUAGUAAUUGAAAUGGAUCUUUUACGUACACAACGUGUAAGAUAUCUUAACAGUAUUUAUCAAGAAUUGAAGCAAAAUACCAAGUGUAAAUCAAAAAGAAUUGAAACUCUUAAUAAGGCGAAAAAAGCCCUAGAAAAUGAAGAUGUUACAGCUCAAGUUAACGAAAUUUUAGAUUUAUUUGAACGUGAAAAAAAUAUGCUUCUGGCAACUAAGCAUUGUGAACUAGAUGUAUUGCAUAAACGACAACAGUUAUUAUUCUUAGAUAUUAUUAAGUACUGUAAAGACAGGAAGCCUGAUAAGCCAGAAACAAGAAUGUGCGAUACUUGCAAAUGUAUAAAACCUAUAAAUGAUUUUGCAUUAAGAACCAGGCAAACAUCGAUUGAAACUUGUAACCGUUGUUUUUAUUUAAUGAACACGACAUCUGUUCUUGAUAAUUCGGUAUUUAAAGCUAUACUGAGAUCAAUUCAAAGAGACGAAAGAAGUCGCAGAACUUUAAGCUCUUAUGCUUUCAUUCUACAAGAAGAAGAUAUUAAAUACAUUAUUUGCAAAAUUUGGCAUGGUCACUCUAUUUUAAGUAAAUGCAGUGAUAUAGAAGACUUACGCCUCCCACGCUGGAAUAAAGCUGAUGACUGGUCCCCUUGGAAUUGUGUUUGUCUUACAUCAGCGGAAGCUCGUCACCACAAUAAGCUAAACAGGUUAGAAGACACAUACGAUGAAGGUAUUAGAAAAAUGAUAAAGAAUAAGCAUUUGCUUGGAAGAACAGCAUUUAAGCGUCUACAAGCGGUUGAAACUGAUUUUGUAGAAUCCGGUGAGUGGUGGAAAGUUGGCCUUAAUCAAAAAGCAAUAUAAUCGAUUAUUUUUUUCUGCUGUCUGAUGAUCAAAAUUUAAAACAAAAAUUCAAACAUUAAAACAAUCAAAUUUUAUUUUUCAUCUU